AUGGUCAUUGUGUACGACCACCCGUUAUCCCCGUACGGGCAGAAGGUGAAAAUUGCGCUGUUAGAAAAGGGCAUAGACUUCCAGGCCGUCAUGCCCGAUGCCAUAGGCUCGGGGAACACCGUCGGUGAGUUUUCGGCUGCCAGUCCACGUGGUGAGGUGCCGGCACUGGUUGAUGGCGACGUCACCGUGUUCGAUUCCACCAUUAUUCUCGAAUAUAUAGAAGAUCGCUGGCCUGACCCCAGCCUGCUGCCAACCGACCCUGCACAACGUGCCCGCAUGCGGAUGCUGGAGGAUGUCAUGGAUACCCAUUUUGAGGCGAUCAACUGGGGAUUGUCAGAGAUCACCAAUUUUCGCCGCGCGACAGGCGAACUGGCAGACACCAUGAUGGCUAAUGCCGCCGAUCAGACUCACCGCUGGUUCGCCUGGUUGGAACAGGAGCUGGGAGAUGCGACCUGGUUCAAUGGAGAACACUUUGGCUGGGGUGAUCUCAGUGUUGUUCCUUAUGUGAAUGGGUCAGUCGGCUUUGACCUGGCACCUGAAAAAUCUUCCCGUCUGGGUCAGUGGCUGGAGCGCGCCAACCAGCGAGAGAGUGUGCAGCAGUGUAAUCAGGCAGCAGCUGCCGUUGCCUUUGAUAGCCCGGCUGUCAGUCUUGAACAGGUGCAUCAGGCGUUAGAGGCGGGUCUGUUCAAGCGCGAGUAUCGCGAUCAUCGCCUCGAAUGGAUGGUGAAAAGUGGUGGUCUGUCUAUCGUUGAGCAGGGUUUAGCCAAGAACAACAUACGCUUCAUCGAGCCCUUUGCGGUUGAUACAGAAGACAGCUAG